AUGGGUAACCAAUAUGUGAAACCUCCUAGGGAAGGGAAUUCUCCAUACACUCGGUCCGGAAUACCGCCUCCUGCCCUGGUGAAGAAGUCCGAUAAGCCACUUCAUAGAGUUAAUGACCCGAUGUCUUUGGAGUUGCACAUGGCGGACGAGCGUGUCCGAGCGGCUGGUCUCAGCCCGGCAGAAAGAGAGUGGCGAAUGAAAUGGCUUAAGGACCAACACCUGCAUCCUGAUGAGCCUAUUGUCGUUGAUGCUGUACAUCGUCAACUGAAUCCUAUACGCAUACUCUACAGGUGGCCGUGGGACAAGCUUUAUCUCCACUUUCUCAAGCCAACUUUUGGCGUUUAUUAUGGAACUGUCAUUCGUGUUUCUGUACCAAAGCUAUUCAUGGCUUUCAUUGCUCUAGAAACGAUGUAUUACUAUUGGAAAUAUGAAGUUAAGGACUGGCAACAUCUCCGUGGUAUUGAGACCUCGCCCCUGAAGCAAGUCAUAACGAAUAAACUUGAAAUAGACGAGAAGUAUCCUGGAUUGAUUGAGAAGGCUCUCGAUGAUCCGGCUAAGCACGGAUAUCACACGUAUGUUCUGUUAUUUUUACGUCUCCUAACUGUCAAUAAGUUAUAG